UCGUGAGUGUCAGUGCUGUCACACGUGGGUUAUUGAUUGAAGCGGUGAAGGCGAGGUGUUUUGUAUUUUCUUAUAAAUUUUGCUGAUAGUCUAAGUUUUAUAAUGGAGGAAAACGUAGCAUUAGAUUCGACGAAACAAAAGAAAUUUGUAAAAUCAAUCAGAGGCAUUAAAAAGUUGAUUAAGAAAAAUGAAAAGAAGACAGAGCCUCAGAAAAAGGAUGAGAAGACAGGGCCGAAGCCGGCCGAGCCAGCCAAACCUUUUAGUAUGAGGCUAAAAGGCGGCAAAGUUCAGAAAAAUAAAAAGAAGCGCAAACAGAGAGGGCUUGUGUAUCUGGCACAUAUUCCACAUGGGUUUUACGAGCAUCAAAUGACAGAAUAUUUCAAACAAUUUGGUGUUGUUACAAAUGUCAGAGUGAUCAGAUCGAAGCGUACUGGCAACUCUAAAGGUUUUGCAUUUGUCGAGUUCAAAGAACCCUCUGUGGGACAAAUUGUUGCUGAGACUAUGAAUAAUUAUCUUAUGGGGAAACGGCUGAUCAAGGCUGCUUAUAUUCCCCCUGAGAAACAAAGACAAAAUGCACUCAGAAAGCAUUGGAAUAAUGUGAACAACCCUACAAGUAACAGGAGAUUGAAAAUUAAAAAGGCAUUUAAUGCAGACAAAGAUGAAGUAGGUGAAUUAAAAAAGGCAAGAAAACUUUUGUCUAACUUAAAUAAGAAUAAGAAGAAACUUAGUGAACUAGGUAUAAAUUACGAUUUCUUUGCGCCAGUAGAUGUGCCAGAAGCACUGCUUAGUGAGAUAGUUAAAGAAGAAAAAGUUGAGGAGAAUAAUUCUGUUCAGGAAGAAGAAAACAAUAAGAAGGGUAAAAAGGAGAACAAACAAAAGAAAGAAGCUAAACCUGAAGUAAAAGAUAGUGUUAAACAACAAGAAGUUAAGGGAAAAAAGAAUAAAAAUAUAAAGGAAGAAAGCAAACCAGCUAACCCACCAGCAGUAGCUAAAAAAGAUAAACCGGCAGAAGAUAAAAAAGAAAAUGUAAAAAAAUCAAAUAAGAAAGAUACAAAGCCAGUAAAAGUUGAUGAAAAACAACAAAAACAAAAGGAACAGAAAUUGAAGGAGGCUGGUAUUAAACCAGCUGAGUUUAUUAAAUUAAACAACGAAGAUUCUGAUGAUGAGGGUGACAGUUCGGAUGAAUACGCAUUUGACUCUGAUGAGUAUGACAAAAUGUUAGAAAAAAUGAGUGAAAAUUCGGAAUUAUCAUUUUUGAGUGAUGAGGAUGAUGAUGAAUCGCUUGGUGAUGAUGAUGAUGACGAUAAGGAGGAUGGUGAUGAAGAAGAAGAUGAUGACAGUGAUGAAGAAGAGGCACCUCCUAAGAAGGUGAAAGGCAAACCUGUUUUAAAAGUUCAGCCUAUACCAACAAAGAAACAGCAACCAAAACCGCAGGCAAAGAAACAGCCACAAUCCAAUCCACAGGCAAAGAAACAGCCACAAGCCAAUCCACAGGCAAAGAAACAGCCACCACCCAAUCCACAGGUUAAAAAACAAGAACAAAAGAAACCUGUUGAAGCUAAAAGGAAAGCACCUACAAAACCAGCAGUUUCACCCAAGAAACCCAAGUUUGAGAAGACGAGUCAAAAACCUAUGAAGAAACAGUUUAAAAAGAAGUAGGAUCAAUAAAUAUGUUUAAAAUA